CUUGCAUCGUUUCUGUACCUGGCGAGCCAAAAGGAAAUAAUCUUCGUCACAUCAAAAACUACAAAGGCCACACUGAGAAGCAUGUGAUGACUCACGCAACUCAGAAGGGUUCCCUCGGGCAAAGCCAAAGUAGUUCAGAGUGGUGGGACAACAGCUGUCUUUGGCCAGAUGGUGGUGCUAUGUGUAGCGCCUGGCCUGAGCGCACACUCCGAUUUGGCAGGACAAAGAAGAUAAGUGAGGUCACCAGAAAAGACAAAGACAUGGCCAAGAGGAUGAAUGACAAGAGGGAAAGGGCAGAAAGAUCAGAUCAGAAAAGAAAGCUAAAUCGGAGGCACGUCAAGAAACGGGAUAGGAAAAUGUACCCUUUGCGAGGGAGGGCUGGGAAUUCAGAUAGUGAAGGGCUCAGCUGCCAUGUCCUGCUGACUCGAUUGGAGGAAAACCUUCGUGAAAAGCAGAGGUCUAAGGAAAGCAAAAGAAAGGAUGGUCACAGACGGUUAUCUCACAAAUCCAAAUCCAAAAAAGGGAAAAGCAAUGAAAGAAAAGAGGCAAAGUCAUUACCAAAAAACAAAUUAAAAUCAAGCAGUUCAAGUUAUGUGAAGAGUAUUAAGUUGGGAGUCCCUCAGCCACGCAAACGUAGACUGGCUUCUCUCAAUGCUGAGGCGGUGAACAGCCUGUUGCUAGAAAGAGCCACUGAUCCCCAGUCAGCAGCCAAACAGGCCAAGAGACAGGAGGAACCCAUAAAUGCAGGGCCUUCCCUGGACACAGAUCAAGUUAGAGGUAGUGUCCAUGGAGGUCUGAAGGCUUCACGAGGGACCAGCAGUAAAGGCUCCACAUUUCACGAACUUGAAGUGUGCCAAAGCUCUAAGCCGGCCAAGAAGGCCAAAGUUAGCCGAGGUGAUGAGAGUUUGGGGAUGAGUCAAGAAUGCCUUGACGCUCCUGCACCCAGACGGUUGGCCGGACUUAAUGCUGCAGCCCUGCUGAAGUUAACCAGUUCUUCUGCUACCAGUAAACAGAGAGUAAAGGCUGCACCCACGGCUACUGCUACAUCAGACUGUAAGGCUCCCAUCACAGUUCUGAACCCAAAGUCGCACUCGAGGGUCAAACUUCAACACAGAGGACGCACACAAAAGCAGAAGGGGAAAAAGAUCCCUCCCCUGCACAGUGGCUGCACGGCUUGCAAGAAGAAGGCAGGCUUUGAGCCAAAGGUGGAGUGGGAGACGAGCGGCUGCACCCACCGACUGACCAAACCAGGCUACCAGUCACGCAGCAUGCUAGCAUACCCACUGAAGCAAGUCAAGGAGGAGCAGCUGGAGACUGAGCUGAGCCCAUACUACUGCUUUCCCACUGAGCGCUCAAUGGACUACUGUCACGGUUUGGCCUUCUUCCUAGGCCAGCAAACCUAUGGAGACUCAGACGAUCAGCCACUUAACUCAGCUAUGACCCCUGUGAAGCGCGAGUGCCUAGUAACCUCCCCAUCGCUGACACAUUCCCUCCCACAUACAGCCCUCACCCUCAGCCCCCACCCAUGCCUCUGCACCGCUGACCACUGCUUCUCAAGCUAUUACGUCCACAUCGCCCACCCUACGCACACUGGAACAACUUCAGCCACCAUGACCUCACGACCUCUGAACUUGCCCCCCUCCAGUUUGUGCCCUAAUCGAAUGAGUGGCUCCAAGCUGCUGGGACAGCAGGUGUCACAUCCAUCGGGGCUAGCCCACCCUGCCUACUGCAACUCUGUGGCUUCACCCUGUUACGGUGAGGCAUGUGGGAUCAGUGGCUAUACCUACAGAGCAAUGCCUCCUGUCACCAACAGGGGUUGCUCUUUUCGCACAGGAUGCACUGGAUGCACGCACAAUAUCAAAACAGAGGGUUACCCCUCCCCUCAGGAUGAUCACACCCCUUCCCUUCUGGUUCCCCCCACCAUGCCUAUGUCCAGCUGCCCUCUAUCCAGCGUGCCCACUUCCACCCAGGCUAAACCCCACCUACUGAACCACCUGUCUGGAAGAGACCAGACCCAGGCUAGGCUAAAGCUAGCCAAGGAAUGCCCACAGAGCACCAAGCCCUCCAAUGACUCUCUGUCUGUGAGCCGCACAGAGCUACCGACAAAGCAACCGCCACCCGUGCCAAGCCUCAGCAGCACCAAACAAAAGAGAGUCAGCCGCAGACGUGCCACCAAUGGCUGGCUGCCUGUUGGGAUGCCCACAGAGAGGGAGGUCUUCAUUGCGGGAGAGGAUGAGACAGCCCUGCGGCAAUGUUAUGAAGGAGUCGAGAGGGACGGUGAAGUGAUACGCGUCAGAGACACUGUGCUGCUACGAUCAGGCCCCAGGAAGAAAUCUCUCCCAUAUGUUGCCAAGAUAUCAGCGCUGUGGGAGGACCCCAAAACAGGAGAGCUGAUGAUGAGUCUUUUCUGGUACUACCGACCUGAGCACACACAGGGAGGUCGAGAUCCCAGCGCACACUGUGAGAAUGAGAUUUUCGCCUCUCGGCAUCAGGAUGAAAACAGCGUGGCCUGCAUAGAAGACAGAUGCUAUGUUCUCCCGCUAGCCCAGUACUGUAGAUUUUGUGCCUUGGUGAAGCGGCGUGCUGAAGGUGCCCCGCCUGGCAGUGCCAGCAUGGUGCCCUGCCGCCCCGACUUUGCCCCCCCUUCCCACCGCUGUGUGCCCACAGACGUCGACCCUGAGUUGGUGUAUCUCUGCCGGCACGUCUACGAUUUUCGUUACGGUCGCAUCUUGAAGAAUCUGCAGUAGAGGGUAGAGGGGCCAUUGCACCUUUUGGAUUAAUCAUCAUGAAGCAGC